AUGGACCUCAACAUCUCUGCCGUGGCGACUCGUCAUGGAGACCUCAACAUCUCUGCCGUGGCGACUCGUCAUGGAGACCUCAACAUCUCUGCCGUGGUAACUCGUCAUGGUGACCUGUGUGUGUUCAGCGCGCCCCUGAUGAACCGGGUCAUGACCCCUAUCCUGAUCAUGGAGUUCGUCCUGGGCCUGCUGUCCAACCUGCUGGCUCUCUGGAUGUUCUGCUACCGCAUGGACACCUGGAAGUCCCACUCCAUCUACCUGGCGCACCUCACCGUCGCCGACGCCCUGGUGAUGCUGUGCCUGCCGUUCCGGGCUGACUAUUACCUGCGGGAGCGUAACUGGGUGUACGGAUCUGCCUUCUGUAACGUGGUCCUCUUCAUGUUGGGCACGUGUCGUGCUACAGGGAUCACCUUCCUCACUGCCGUGGCUGUGGACCGCUACUUCAAGAUCAUCCACACCCAUACAUGCUGUGUCAAUCGGCUGGGUCUGCACCUGACUAACGCCAUCUGCUGUGGCCUGUGGCUGCUCAUCGUGGGCAUGAACGUCUACCUGUUGACAGGUAGCCAUCUUAUGUAUGAGGGAGAGCACCUGCAGUGCGAGACCUUCACCAUCUCCCUGGAGUUCGAUCUUAUGCACACGUGGCCGGACAUCUUCUUCGUGCUGCAGUUCCUCGUUCCGGCCGCCAUCGUGUCCUUCUGCACCUGGCGCAUCGUCGCUCACCUGAAGACCAACUCAGCCAAUCAGAGGCCUCGAUUCCGCAGGGUGGUGUGCUUCAUGACGACGGUUGCCGUGGUGUUCGUCACCUGUUAUCUCCCCAGUGCUGUGUCCCGCAUGGCCGUGUGGCUCCUCAAGGCUCAGUACCACCACUGCUCCGACUUCAGGUGGGCUAGUGUGAUCUUCUACUACCUCAUCAGCCUGACCUACUUCAACAGCGUCCUCAACCCCGCCCUCUACUACUUCUCCAGCCCCGCCUUCAACGGCAUGCUACACACGCUCUUCUCCAGGCUCCUAAGAAGGACGGACACCACCAUCACACAAGCACCAGGAACUCAGAACACCAUCACACAAGCACCAGGGACUCAGAACACCAUCACACAAGCACCAGGGACUCAGGACACCACCACACAAGCACAGGUGACACAGGACAGCAUCACACAAGCACAGGUGACACAGGACAGCAUCUCACAAGCACAGGUGACAACGGACACGACCACACAAGCACAGAUGACAACGGACAAUAACACACAAGCACAGGUGCAGAACACCACCACACAAGCACAGGUCACCCAGGACAACACACAAGCACAGGUGCAGAACACCACCACACAAGCACAGGUGAUCCAGAACACCACCACACAAGCACAGAUGACAACGGACAAUGACACGCAAGCACAGAUGACGCAGAACACCACCACACUAGCACAGAUCACCCAGGACAAUACUGCACAAGCACAGGUGGACCAGAACACCAUCACACAAGCACCAGGUGACAACAGAUAA